AAUAAAAAUCAAAAAGACUGACCCCAGGCAAGAGAAACUGGCAGAAGGUCCUAGUUUCUUCCCCAUACUGUGGGAGCUGAGAGUCGAGGACACACCCCCUACUGCACUGGUGACUCAGAGACCAACUGGAGUUAUGGAAACAGGAUGUGUGCUCAGGUUCGGGAGGAGUAGGUGAGGGGGAGGGGUUCCUGGGUUCACCAAGCUCCAAUAGCAAGUACCCCUGGCCUGAACAUAGGUAGGCAACAGGCUCAUAGACCAGGACCAGGUGGCCCUUCCUAUCCAGACCCGAGGCUGAGGUGAGGGCUGUUUUCCUCAUUAAAGGAAAUAUUCUCUCCUUCCUGCCCCAAGGCUUGCCAGCACCUGUGUGGAAAGGGGCCAUCCCUAGAAGGCUGGGCUCCAGUUGGGCCAAUCCCUCAGAAAGGUCCCUCCCCACCCCCUAGUUAAGGGCAGGACAUUCACAGCCCCGCCUAUUGUGGGGAGGCUGAUGAGAGCCUCCUGUGGGACCCAGAAUAGUCAACCAGCUCAGCCCAGGCCAGCCACAGCCACCCAUGGGGAACAGCCAGUGUGUCCCUCAGGCCCCCAGGAGGCUGCGGGCUUCCUUCUCCAGAAAGCCCUCGCUAAAGGCAAACAGAGAAGACAACACAAGGAAGCUAGCUGGCUUGUUUGGUGUGGAGGCUGGCCCCGAUGGAGACUCGGCAGCUGACAGGAUCUUCUACUACAUCCCCGGGACGGAUGUCCUGGGCCUAGAAGGCCGGCCAGAAGGCCUAGAGCAGCCAUUCCUGAGUGUCUUCAAGAAAGGGCGGCGGCGGGUGCCUGUAAGGAACCUGGGCAAGGUCGUGCACUACGCCAAGGUCCAGCUGCGGUUCCAGCACAGCCAGGAUGUCAGUGACUGUUUCCUGGAGCUGUUUCCCUCCCACCUGUACUUCCAGGCCCAUGGCUCCGAAGGACUCACAUUCCAGGGGCUGUUACCACUGUUGGACCUGAGCAUCUGUCCACUUGAAGGGUACAGAGAACAUGCUUUCCAGAUCACAGGCCCACUGCCUGCCCCCCUCCUGGUUCUCUGCCCUACUGAGGCUGAGCUCAGCAGCUGGCUCUACCACCUGGAGAAGCAGAUGGCCUUGGUGAGGGGACUGCAGCACUGCCACACAGCACUCCCAAAGGGCUCCCAUGGGAAUGAGCUCUCCUGGACUCUGCAGCACCAUCUGAGCCGGCUGCGGAGGGCAUCAGGGCGAGAGUCACUGGGUGGCGCCAUCUGUGCCUCAAGGGUCAAGCUGCAGCACCUGCCCUCCCAGGAGCAGUGGGACCGGCUCCUGGUCCUGUACCCGACGUCCCUGGCCAUCUUCUCUGAGGAGCCAGAUGGGCUCAGCUUUAAGGGGGAACUGCCACUCAGUGCCAUCCACAUCAACUUGGAGGAGGAGGAGAAGCAGAUUCGCUCCUUCUUAAUCGAAGGCCGCCUCAUCAACACCAUCCGCGUGGUAUGUGCCAGCUACGAAGACUACAGCCACUGGCUGCUCUGCCUUCAGACUAUCUCCCGCAAGGAUGGGGCGCCCUUGCUGCCCAACCUCAAGAGCCCCCCAGGGCCACAGGAGCACACACAGGUUGUGGGUGGAGGCCGAGGUUCAGUCUCCUCGGAUGGACGGACCAGCUGGGACUUGGGGUGCCCAACACCAUCCUCCUUCUGCACCAGCCCCUUCUUCCCUGAGUCUUCCACGCGGUCCACUGUGGGCUGUCCUGCCUGGCCUACACCUGAUCAGGCCAACCCUGACUGUGCCAGUGCUGGCCAAAGGAGGACAGAGCUGAGACGUGGUGGCAGCAGCCGGUUACCUAGGGGCAAGGCCCGAAGGGAAGCACCUGGCCCAGCAGCACCACUACCCCUGCACCUGGACCUGGCCCAGGUGGGCAGGCUGAGGCUAGAGGGUGGCCCAGAACACUCUCUGGAGACUCCCCACUCCCCACUCUAUGCUGACCCUUACACACCACCCGCCACUUCCCACCACAAGAUCACAGAUGUCCGGGGCUUGGAUGAGUUCCUCAGUGCAAUGCAGAUCUCACCUGGACCUGAGCCUUCAAGCCCAUUCCCCUCGGUCCCUGUGUCUGUACCUGUGUCUGACCCCAGCUCCGGACUCUCCAGCUCCCCUGGCCCUCCAGAUCCCCAUUUGCUUUCCAAGAAGGGAGCCUUGCAGUCCCGAUCCUCUCAGAGGCACCAAGGCUCCAUCAAGGACCAGAGGCCACGGCCCUCAGACUCCCCUCAGCUUGUCUCCCCCACCAAGGAAGGUUCGUCCAGCCCCCUGCCAUCUCCUCCAGAUGGCGAGUCCCCCAUCUGGAACAAGACUUCAUCUUCCUCCAACCAGAAGUGGCCGCAGCUCAGGAAGCCUGAGGCAGAGCGGGGUUUCAUCCAGUGGAUCUGAUGGCUCCCUGGCAGGGCUGCCUCUCAGAACCAUAGCCUGCCAGUGCCAGCCCUGCCAGGGGAUCUGCAGUGGCCCCAGCACCCCAUUGCCCAAUAUCAGCUCUACAGUCAGAGUCUAACCCAGCAGGCCAAGCACACCUCCGGAACCCUGAGGGCAGAGAGCCCCCUGACCCUGGGCUGGAUCAGCGAGGAGGAGGUGCCUCAUCCCUAGGGACACCCUGGUCAGUGACUGACCACAGCCCAGGGAAGGACACCAGAGAGGUCCUGGAGAGCCACAGGAGCCUCCCUACAGCUCUGAAUCUAGGAAGAAAUGGAGGAGAGAACCUGAUGAGAGCAAUGCCUGGAGUGGGGGUAGUGUGGGUGUGAAGAGCAGAGGGCUAAGAAAGCUUGUCAGGGUCAGAGUUUGUGAGGUCAGAGGGCACAAGGUCAGAAGUCAGCAAGGUGUAAGCUGUCAUGUGCAGAGGUAUGAGAGUAUGUAGCAAGGAUGGUGGGAGAGUCCUGCAUUGCUGGAUGUGCGGGGAAGGGCUGGUUAGAGACACUGAUGCCAUAAACAAGAAAGGAGAGA